CCGUAGGCGGUCGAACUAAGGCUCUGGCAGCAGGAAAACGUAAGGCUGCUCCAGGUGCGCGUGCGCCGGGACAGGUGAUGAAUCACGUCGUUGAAACUUUGGCUCGGCGUAUGUCGUCUUCUGCCUUGGACGCCAAGGCGAAACAAGGAGGCGGUGACCUGGAAGGGGGGCAUCAGGGCACCCUAAGUGACGUGGAAGAGGAGAGUGAAACUGACGAUGACCCUACCGUCUUGGAUCCGUCGCUUGCCAGUCCGUUGAUGUUCCUUAGACCAGACAACUUCGACAAAGCGCAACUCAGAUCUGCAUUGCAAAGACUAACCGAGGUCCCAUCCUAUUUGCGACUGUUGGACGGAGGUGCGGCCGCGGGAUCCAGGUAUUGAACUAUCUCGUAUCGUAUAAAUUUGUGAAUAUUAAGUAUCAAGAAAUUUCUUGUUGAAGAGUUUCUGUUUCUCUCAUGAGUUUUUUUCAUUUUGGCAUUGGGAAUUUGAACACAACAUAGUCCUCAUCAUUUUGUAUUAUAAGUACUUGUUUGUUUGAUUGUUUGAUGUUUGUAUCGAUGCGCUCCGGGUAUAACACGUACGAUCCCGCCGGAUUUCUUUGUGCUCUGUGUGUGUUAUGCUAUGGUCGUCGUUGCGGUCGACUAUGGUUCUAUCAGUACUUCUUCUUCGCAAAGAAGAACUUUUGCAUGUAGAGGUAGUUCUACUCUCAUCUGAAACAGUCGCGACACGACCUUCUCGAUCCACGGUGGCGUGUAUCACUUGGGCAACAUGAUCCUCUGCGACAUCGGGAAUCUGAUGGAACUCCUUUUACGUGAUACUGCCCGCGAGCAGCAACCAGCUGCACUAGUGCCUGGCACAGCAACAUCCGGCGAGAACACCUACAACCGAGGCAUCGUUUUCUGUGAGCGUGCCAAAGCCUCUGCGCAGCAGGAGUUAGAGCAGUUGCGGGAACGACGAUCCAUGUACCGGGAGGUGAUGGAGUGUGUGAAAGAAGGCACACUUCCCGCAAACAUGGGAGAUGAGUAUUAAGGGUAGGUUAAAGGUGCUUUUCUUACCGCUUUUUAUGCCUCUCACCCUUAGGAGGAGAAAGGCAUAACAAGCGGGGUAAGCGAGCACCAAAAGCCUACCUCUAAGAGAACGUCACUCCGAGUUCCGGGUCGCCGCCAAACAUGGUCCGCGUUCUCUAUGAUAUGGUGAUGCGAGAUGGCGUAGAACCAGAGAGGAACCCCAAAUGGAUGCAGCAACAAAUAACCUAUCCCAGUUUGCAGCAUCGAGGAAACUUGGCCCAUAUCUCUUUGCUGCAGAAGCAGGAGAAAGCCCCGACGGUUCCAGAGUGGAAGCCUCGGGUUGUCAACAAUAGACCACCGAAAAAGUUGCUGAACACGAUUAUUCCUGGGGAGGACGGAAGUUCCACUGCAGGGGAAACGAGCGGCAGCGCCGCUGGGCCGGCUACGGGAGCUGCUGUAGGAGCAGACUCUGCUGAUGGAGGUGAUAAGGAUUUUGAUACGAGUCCGGUGAUUACUGCCUCAAUGAGAGCCGUAAUGACAGCAUCAACAAAGGCCCUUCUGCUAAAAAGUAAUACCAAGGAACUAUCUUCUGCAAACAAAGACAAGUUGGCCCUAGACCCUAUGUACACGGAAAGCGCAGUUCUGGCAGCCGGAGACCGUGUGUUGAAACUGAGACUUCCGAAGGAGGAGGAAUUCAAAGAAAAGGAGAUCCAAAUGUUGGGCGCUCGACUCGAGAUGCUGGCCACUUUGCACGAGGUAGCCGAAUACGUCGCUUCCCAUGGCGUGACGCAUUUGUUGGGUUUGCGAGCAAUGAGUGCUAGUUUCAAGACUUUACUGAUGCGUCGCUAUGCCCAAACGGCUUUUGCGCCGGCGAUUCGCUGGAGUGACAUCUUGCCGACUGUGCAGAGGAUGAUUUUGCGCAUCGACUAUCCGAUUAGCUCUGAUCCGGGUAUGGGCAAGAAAGACUUAUUCCUGAAAGCAAUGGAAGCCGCCGGAGCUGGAGCCGGUUCUACACAAUCUACCCCACGGGCCACUGGCAAAAAAGCUGCCGCAAAAAAGCUGCUUGGGGCGAAAAAGAAAGCAGGUGCUAAGGGAAAAGCGGCCGCUGCUAAGGGAAAGGCUGCUGCUGGUUCGGAGGCAGAUGAUAAAACGGCACAAUCCGAGGAUAAGACAGGAGACGCUAAGAAGAAAAAGGUUGCCACAAAAAAGAAAGCCGUACUAACCAAAAAGAAAGGUGACGGUGAUACUGAUGAUCAUACUGAUGGCGCAGCACCGAAAAUGUUCUAUGGAGGAGCUGAAAGUGUAGACAGCAGUAACUCGUCCAACUCCACCAACUCGAAUUCGUCGUCCGAGGACAGCAAGAGCAGCAACAGUGAAGAUUCUGAAGAUUCUGACUCAGAGGACCACAACAGCAACAGCGAUGCUCUGUCCUCUGACGAUCAGGAUUUGGAUUUCCUGACGCAUACUGUGUCCUCUCCAAGUCUCUUUCUCUUCAACGAAGAUGAUGGGAACAGCUCAGAAGGUGGCGCGAAAAAGAAGGCUCCUGCAAAGAAGAAGGCAACGUCUAAGAAAGCAGGUGCUGGAGAGAAAACCAAGGCGAAAUCCGGUGGCGAAAGCGAGUCUGGAGCAGACGAUGCUGCCGCCGCUGCCAAAGCCAAGCCAAAAAAGAAAGCUGCAGCAGGUGCUCCGAAGAAGAAAGCUGCAAAAAAGGGUGGAUCCAAGAGUGAUGGUGAAGCAGAUCAUGGCUCUGAAGAGGCCUUUCUUGGCAAGGGCACUAGAUCUGGAAUGAAUACACUUGGUCUUGCAGGAAAAAAUGCAGGAGGAGAUCUUGAGAAACCCUACAUCCCUUCAACGUUAGCGAAUGCUGGAGCAGUAAUGUUGGGUACGAAUAAAGGUGCUUGUUCUGCAGGAGCUUUGUGGACUGAAACGUUGAGUAAUUUGAAGAUGUUGGGCAAAGCAAAGGCUAAGCUGGCACAGCAAAUCUUGCGUCGGAUGCGUAAGAUGCUGAGUAUUGUGGACGUCAUCUUGAUGGAGAGGGAACGUCGUGGCAAGAUGAUGGCUGUUGGCGCAACUAAACGGAAUGCGCGUGAAGCAGACUUCUUGAAACUGGUGUUGCCACCAAUUGGCUUAGAGGCAUGGGGUUCGGUCUUGCCUCCAGUGCCAGCCCGAUUGCUAGAUAAUCGUGACUAUUCUUGUUUGCUGGAUAACAUGGACGACCCUUCUACUUCCGGCCUAGCAACUGGUGCUCCUAGACCCAGCAGUGGGACAAGCGAUGCUCAACAACAUGGAGAUGCAAACCGUAAUAGCGCCACAUUAGGAGUAGAUCAAAAUCAUGGAGUCCCGAAUCAUGCUCGUGCCUCGGGCUCAGCUGUACCGAAUCCGAGGUUGACCGGUGGAUCUAUUAGUGGAGGUUCACCUGUGGAGCAGCCGUCAGCGGAUGGUGCUCAUUUCAGAAAUACGAUCAUAUCCGAUGUAGGGUCACCUUCUGUCCCUUUGAACAGGAAUACCUCUAGUACCCUGAAUGCCUCUACCUCAAUAUACACCAAUUCCAAUAGUAAAGAAAAGGAAGAUGGUGCCAGAGCCAGUACUGCUGGUGCUGCCGCAGGUUCCACUACAACAACUGAGGUUGAUAAAACGGCUGACCUGCAGCGUCGUUUCGGAGCUAAUUCUAGUCUAGCGAUCCAAGUACACUUGGCACAAAAAUUGACCAAGCAAGAGAUAGCAGACGGUGGCGCGCGAAACUACGAAGAGCUGUACAAACUCCAGGCAGGCAACUUUGAAGGCUCUGCUGAAGACGGAGGUGCUGGGAUUUCUAAAGAUGGAUCUAAAGACCGAGGUAGUUGUAGCACUUCUGGUAACGUGGUAGCAGUGGUGCAUUUACACGCCUUGCACGCGAUGUUGCACCAGGACGAGCGCCAGACAGUAGGCACUGCUUUUGCGCCGGACUACUUCAAGCCCAAGCGCGCAGAAGCGCAUUACAGGUCGCAUGCCACGAAGGAGGUCAUCCACGGAAGCGCCAUCUACUGGGCCAUGGUGCACCGUCUGCAGCAGAGACUAGAGGUCUGUCUAGGAAUGCGAGGAGGCGUGAUGCCCCACAUCUUAGUCGAAGAAACCCAGAAGAUUACACAAAAGCUCUAUGCCGUGUACAAAAAUAUUCCUGGCGCGUCUGGUUGGGCACCUAAUGGAGGAAAAGGAGGUAAGAACGUGAAUGACAGUAUGGCGAGUAAUGGUACGACCACGAUAGGAGCUAGUAUUCAGACCUUUCGAUCUCGCAACUCUUCCAUACACGGUGCUGUGAACACGAAAGGGAGAGCGAGUUCACCAUUGACUGCCUUGCAAGCGGAGAAAGCUGGGGAAGCCGACGCGGGUGGACAAGCUAUAGCGAACAAUCUCCUGACGCAUCAAUUGCGAAGUUCCAUGAGGACUCCGCAAUUGGCGGAGUCUGAAUUCGCCAAGCAUAUGGCCCGAUUACACCAGCUCCACGACCAGCCAGCCAAGCCAAAUGUGUUGCCCAUCGGUUCCGCCCUGCAGCAAGAAGGCGGCUUCCUAGCUGCUCUUGGUGCUCGAAAAAGCUACAUGGGUGGCGUGAUGCCGCAAUCUAGGGGUUUAUUCGCUGGAGGCGGUCUGUUUGGCAAGAAAAUCGACGACGAGACAGCGGAGAUUCGCAAUCAGGCGGGACCGGGCAAUGCAUCCUUUUUCGGGCAAAAUUUGGUUCAAGAAAGCAUCAUACAGGAGGAAAAUAAGAAAAUCGGUGGAGCUGCCCCAACAAUGAUGCAGCAGAUCAAAUUCCAAGCGAAAAUCGGAAUCGAAGCGUUGCUGAUGAAAGAUGAACAAAACAACAUGGACCCUCAAGGUGGCGCAGAAGAACAGAUGACAGGAAGCUUCCAGAUUGCAGGGAAUGCAGUCUUCCCAACAAAUCAACUUGGGGAUGGUCCUAAUGAGCGUGCUAGGAUCGCCGCUGCUGUUACAGCCAAUCAGAGUGCUGGAUCUGCUUCUUCUGGUAAAAAUAGUAGACAAGUAGGGAACAAUAAUAGUUCAGGUUCAACAGGAGCAAACCGAGGAGACCCAACGAAGAGCGGUAGAGGACAACAAGGCGCGCAGCAGUCUUCAUCUCCUAGUCCGAAGUCUAGUGCCCAAAACAUGGUUACGAAGAUGGAAAAGCAGUGGUUAGCCAAGCAGGGUAGCGCAGAGCAUGGUUUGGACUCGAUAAGCGAGCUGGGUUCCUUGGGUUCUCUGCAGAGAAAUCCUAGUGCGUCUCUUUACGGCCAGGUGCCGAAGGGACCAGGUGCCGUGAAGAAAGCUCUGAGCAAUACGGCGAAUAGUCCGUUCUCCGACAACGGAGUCGUAGCAGCGAUCCGCGAUAGCAAAAGUAUGGUAGAUGGCAACCCAAAUAUGCGUGGCAGUGGAGGUAGUAUGCGAGGGUCGUCUGGAAUGACUAGGGCAGCUCGUCAAAGCGGCGGUGCUCAUAGUAUGCUUGCGAGACAAUCUUCUGGCGGUGGAGAUGGUGGCAGUGGAGGUGGUGCCGCAGCCGGCGGACGUAGCGCUGGCGGUCGGGGCCUGGGGAAAAGACGAUCCCUGAUGGAGAGUGAACUCGAACAAGAGUUGCACCAGUCGAAACUGACCGCCAUGCUGAACAAGAAGGGAGAAGGAGGAGGUGAUCAGUCCUCUGAAAACGAAGCAGCUGUUGCUAAUGACAGCGAAAAAGACGAAGAAGAACACCUUACAUUGAGUCUGCUACAAGGUGGUGAAAAUCUUCCUUCCGGUAAGCAGUUCGGCGCUGCUCAUGCGCAAGCAACGGCUGCUGCUACCAGUUUCUUGAAUGAUUUCUUGAUGAAUCCCGCAAAUAUGGCAAAUACAGGCAUGAGAAGGGAAGGCGACGGAGGACGUCCACGUACUGCUACAAUGGCUUUGGGUAGGUUAUCCACUCUAUCUGGCUUGAUGGGUCAAUCAGGUGGAUAUGGUACAGGAGUGAACGCAGACGGCACAGCAACUAGAAGGCGUUCAUCAGCAAGCAACAAGCAAGAUGCGGCGAAUCUGUUCCAGAGAGGCGCGCCUCAGCAAGGAACAGCUGCUUUUAAUUUGCCAGUGAGUAACACAUUUGCGGAAGCAAGUCAGAAAAAAGCAGACAUGAUCAGCAAGAGGCUUGCGGCUGCGGGUCUUGGGGCAACACGGAUGUUCUCGUCGCUAGAUAUCAAUCCGCAAGCGAGGAGACGCCUCACGCAGCAACAAGAUCGUAUUACUUAUAGACUGGCAACCUUUUGAUGUAGUUUUCUCAUUGUUGAUGGAUUAGUAGGGUAGUGAUCUCAAUCCUUACGUCAUUCGUUUUAACUCGUCUAAGGACAAGAUCCGCUCGUCUCUUAACAACAGUACAACAUCCAUCCUCCUUCCUCAUCCUCAACAAUCUGCUCAAGAACGUCAAUAACAGUGCAACGCCAACUCUCUUCCUUGGAGCACGAUCAAACGGCCAGCGUGCGUUCCUGGGCUAUUCACCUGGUGGACGCGCACGUGGAGAACAUGGAAAUGAUGAAGGAAAGGAGGUUCAUGGCCACCCACAAGAACGAAUUCUUCCGGAACGCAAACGAGUACAUGGAAUUAUACCUCAAAUACGCACUGCACACAGUCGUGAAGAAGGAAACGAUGCCAGAUGUGAUUUUACACCUGGAAGCCUUUGCGGAUUUGUACCCAGUGGCGUGGCACGUCCUAAUCGCAAUCUCGAAGAACAAACUCGACGAAGUCAAACGGGUCUUGCCAUAUGUGCCGGUACUACUUAUUGCUCUAUAUAAUCUUAGUUAGUCGAGUCAAACGACAAACAAAUAUAGAGUCCUUCUCCUAAGAAGCUCAUAACUGAAGUCUUCAAGCCUAAAAGAAGAGCUUUACUAGACUCCCAGAUUAUUUAGACUUUUUUUUACUGAGUGGCUGCAAAAUAGAACCUACAAAUCUCUGUGAUUUCUGCCCUUUUUUUGGCCAUGCUGCCAGGGGAGGCAGAAGCCUGGUUUAUAUGCUGGGUCUUCUUCAUACGCAUUAGACUUCUGUUUCGGAUGGCCGAAAAAAAUCUAAAAACUCCUUGUGAUUUUUGGGUUUUUUUCGGCUGUCAUGUCAAACUAGGCGAAAGAGGAGGUUUUUUCCGUCCGACGCUUCGCAACAGUAUUGUGAAAUAGACUUAGAAAGAAGCUCAUUUUUUUGUUGGAUUUUCGUGGGGAUGGCACAAAAAAAUCCAGGUAUAACCGACUUCUUCGGGGCAGCACGGAUGGCAAUAUUCUGAUCAAAUAAAUCAAACUCACACUACCUCAAGUCAUUUGCAUACCUAAAACUAACUACCAAAAAAGUGAUAACUCAUGCUAUCGCACCUCAAAAGCAUGAACUCAAACUAUCGUAGUCUAGUACCUUCACAUUUCAACCUUUGUUUUUAUAUCCUUACCUCACUUACCACAACCUCAGAUACGGCGAAAGAGGAGUUCAGGUUCGGGUGCUGGAUCUGAGGAUGAGGACGGCGCAAGCGAUAACCUGGACGAAGAUGAUGGCACCGGAGUUGGCGGAGGUAUAAGAACUCUAAUAAAUAAAUGUUUAUGAAACAAAUCGUUUGUGUUUGAAAUUGAAACUUGUUUUUUCUAAAUCAUGAGGUGGCGAGACCGCAUUUACUCGCAACGUUUACCCCAGCAUCUACUUUAUUCAUUUCCUUGUACCCUUUACAAGCUCAACUCACUUAGUUUUAGCGUUUUGCAGCUGUCCGGUUCGGACUUUCAUCAGGACUGUAGGUUACUAACCGUCAGUCCUUUAUUGAGGACUGUAGACGGGUUGGCGUCGUUCUGCCACCUUUUUGCCCUGGCUGGUGUGUGCCUGUUGUAAUGCUUUUCUCCUGCAGACUUUCAAUUUUUUCUGGCUUUGUGGCUUGUGUCACCCCUUUUUUAACGGACGCUUUCGUCGUCCUCAUUUGUGAGGCCUUCCUUUUCUUGUUUGCUUCUCUGACGGGCCAUGUACCCCUACCCCACCCUCACAUGAUGCGAGCUACCGAUAAUGUUCAUGUUGAUUUUCAACAUUUGUUGAGUUCGCGAAAAUUCAAAAAAACGGAAACCCUAGGGAAACAACUCAACGUCUCCCUCAAUAUGGUCCAGCUCCUGAGUGUCGGCUGUAACUCGUAAGACGUACAGGUGUCACAAACUUCCUCUCAAGACAACAACUGGGUAACGGGGCAAACUACGCUUAUUCAUUCAGUAAAUUACAAGACAAUUAGUUAAGUAAGUACAUGUACAUUUAAAUUGAACAUUUUUUAUCCGCAGCAACCAAAGCGUCCCAUUCUUAUAAAAAUAUUCCUCCCUAGUACAACAACAACCUUUUCCCAAUCAAUCCUAAUAUUCCUACUCCGAAUCCUCGUCCUAAUUAUGGUGCUAAUGAUCCUUAUAAUAUCAUUCUCCCUCUUCUACUUCCUCAACCUCAUCCGCUUCUACUUCUUCUCAACACAGGAGGUGGCAGCCGCGUCCGUUCUCUCAUCGAGAAUAUUACCAAGCGCCACCAAUUGAGUGCCGCGGACUUCAAGACCGAUACUCUAGUUAAGGGUAGGCUAUGUAUAAAGGUGCUUUUGUUCAUCCCGUUUGUUCUGGCUCUCUCCCCACCGAAGGUAGACAGCUUGCCAUAACAAGCGGGAGAAGGAACCCAUUCAUCGUUUUCUUUUCCGUAGACGUAGAAGUAGAUGCUAGUUUUUUCAUCUCGUCGACCACACUUCUUCUAGUGGAACAGGUUAAAUUUUUUUUAAUACCAACCAGUAACUAGAAAAAAAGUCAAGGAUGGUAGUGAAGAAUGCAAUGUCGGUUGACCUGAUACUAUCAAUCUUGUUAACCAAAUAACAAAAAGCUACCUGCUCUAAUCUGGAGGACUUGCAUGUGAUGGCUGUGGUGUUGCUCUUUUAUCCGACGCACGUACUGAACAUCCCGGACUUCGCGUCGUCCUUUUGCCGAGUGAUUGCCGAGCACAUGCUUCUGCGCGUCAAAGAGCUGCUGGAAGCCAAGUUUACCUUCCGGCCACCGAAAUCGAGCACGUGA